ACAUGAUUCCGUUCAAAGUUUCCCGGAAGCCAGUCUCACCUCCUUUUAGUAUGACCCUUAACUCUAUGGUAUGACCAUUUCGUGGCAUGUUAUUUUAAAAUCUAAUAUUAGUUCGCUUUAGUUUAAUGAAUUGUCCAACUGUUUACAUUUCCUAAAUUAUCCCUUGGCCAACAUCGUUACAAAAAUGACAGAAGAGUCAGGUGCUGCUGCACAUGCAAGAACGGUCCUUCAGCAGUGUAUUCACGCUAGGCUGCAGGUGAAAGCGGCGGAUGAGGAGUCCGGAGCUGAAUGGGUGGAGAUUAACAGGGGGAUGGUGAUAUACAUCUGCUUUUACAAGGGAGCCACUGUGGAUAUCAUCCCCAAAAUGGUGUCCACCCUGCUGAACCUGAGACUGUGUGAGGCAGACUCUGGGAAGUACACGUCCGUGCUGGAGCUACCUGGGAGUGUGCUGGUGGUUCCGCAGGCCACCCUGGGGGGCAAGGCCAAGGGCAGGGGCAUGCAGUACCACAACAACAUCAGAAAAGAGGAGGGACUUAGGCUCUAUUCAGACUUUGUCUGUCAGUGUGAGAAGGAGCUGGACUCGGCUCGAGGACGCAGGGCGGAGGAGGGGGCCGGGGCUGAGACGACAGUCAAGCAUGGGACUUAUGGGAACCGACAGGUGUUAAAGCUGGAUACGAAUGGACCGUACACACACUUAAUGGAGUUCUGAAUGUCAUGGGAGAUGGUACCGUUUUAGAGCUGGAUCUGAAACACUGGUCCUUAAAAUAACUUGGCAGCAUUGAGGGAAUAUGAUCGGUUUAUUAUCCAGAUUGUUGUUUGUUGAUGAGUGAAUGUACUGUACAUAAAUCAUUUAAACCUACACUCAGUGUUAUUGUUGAAAUAAGUACAUUUCGGCUUGAGCGCUUUACCAGUGAGUGUGUCAGUGAUGGCCAUCUGUGUCUUGGUGUCUACCUUGUCACAUUUGUUAACCCCCUCCCCCCUCCUCUCUCUCCAACUUCUGUAUGAUUACCAUGGAUGUAACUUGUUACAGAAGUAUACUGAAAAUCUUAUUGAACCCUUUCAAAUCAAGGACCCAUCAUAUAAAAUAACUUUCAAUAUUAUCAGAGACAUUUCAGACUGUUAUAGAUACCA